AUGGAUGCAUCAAGUCAAGCUCAUGGAACAGCUACUCCUACACCUGCUUCAGAUGCUACACCUACAACUACUACAGAAACAGUUAUUGGAUCCUCUAUCCAACCAACAGAUGGAGCAACAGAGCCAGCAGCAAUAGAUGUAGAAGCUACUUCUACUCAAAUUGGUGGUAAGAAUAAGAUACUUCUGACAUUUAGAAUCAUUUCACUAGGAAGAAUGUUAAAGAAGCUGAAUCAUUGGAAGUUAGAAAAGAGAAUUAUUAUGUAUUGUGAGGUUAGUGGUCACAAAGGAAUUGAUAUUGGUGAGAUGUUGGAGAAGUGCUUGUCUGAUUGGGGGCUUAAAGAUGUUUUUUCUGUCACUUUGGAUAAUGUUAGUGCCAACAAGGUAGCAAUUGAUUAUUUGACCACUAGUAUUGUUUCAAUGACAUGGGCAGAAGAGAGAGCUAAGUAUUUGCAUGUAAGGUAUGCAGCUCAUGUAAUUGCACUUGUUGUAAAAGAUGAUGUAAGGGUCUACAACAAAUCAAUUGCAAGAAUAAGGCGGAACAACACAUUCUUGAUGCUAGAGGCUGCACUAGUGUUUGAAAGAGCUUUCACUAGGUUAGAAAGUGAAGAAGAACAAGAAGGAGAAGAUGAUGUGAAAGGCAAGAAGAAGGCACAAAAGAAAAAGAAUGCUAUAGUGAAGAAACCUGCUCCAUGUCAAGAGGACUGGAUCUUUGCCAGAGACCUUGUGAAAUGUUUGAAGGUAUUCUUUGAUGCCACUGUUGCAUUUUCAGCCCUAACUAAGGUAACAACACAUACAUUCUUAUGGCAAUUAGUUCUCAUUUAUGAACAACUAGUUGAGUUUAGAGAUAAUGUAGAUGAAGAUCCUUUUAUUGCAACUAUGGCUGCCAAAAUAGAGAAAGAAAAAGGACUAGAAUUUGAUCUUGAGUGUUUGUAUGGGAAGAAGUCUCCAAAGGUUGAACUUGUUAUGAGGGGUGUGUUAUUGGAUUUUAAGAUUCUAUUUGAAGAAUAUAAGGAUGUGUAUUCAUUUCAUGAGGAGGAGUCAAGUACUUCUAUGCAGGGACAAGACAAAUUAGUGGUGAGUAAAUCAGGGGCAGGCCCAAGUCGUAUGAAAGAGUUGAUGUCAAGGAGUAAGAGGUUCAAGAGCAACCCAGAUGAUGAUGUGGGAAAAACAGAGUUGGAUAAAUAUUUGAUAGACAAGUUUGAAGAAGGUGAAGGAGAAGAUGAGUUACUGGGUCCUAUCAAAAAUAAUGCCACCACCUGUGGAGCCGUGGAAUAG